CAAAUCGCAUCUGUCUCACCACCCACUUCUUCCGCAUUUCAAUUUCAAUGAAAAUCCCAAACCCAAAUUUGAUUCGCGAUAGAAUCUCAUUCAUUAGGGUUUCUUUCAUUCAUUUUCUUCUCCUUUUCAACCAAAAUUCAAUCUUUUUUUUUCUCUUUCCCUUUUUUGCCCUCUCUUUUCCCUCCCAAUCCAAAGCAAUCUUUCUUUCAUAUAUCCCUUCAAGGCAACAUCACGAUUUUCGUUUAAAAGGCUUCUAGGCUUCUGAGAACACCGGGGCUUAUUUUGUGGCAACUCUUUGCCUUUGAUGGAUGAUUUUGCAAAUGAGUUGCCCUAAGAUUACGUAUUGUAUUCUGAACAAAGAUGAUUCUAUCUGCACUCUUAACCUCUGCUGGUAUCAACACAGUAGUGUGUGUGGUUUGUUUCAUUCUGUAUUCAGUUUUAAGGAAGCAACCAAGCCUGUUCAGUGUGUACUUUGGACAGAAGCUUUCUCAUGCGGGACUAAAGCGUCCUGACCCUCUUUGUUUUGAACGAUUUGUCCCUUCUCCUAGUUGGAUACUGAAGGCAUGGGAGUCAACUGAUGAAGAAAUACAUGCUGCUGGAGGCUUGGAUGCUCUGGUCUUUGAUCGUACAAUUGUUUUCAGUAUCCGAAUAUUCUCCAUUGCUGCUUCCAUUUGCCUUUUCCUUGUGCUGCCACUCAACUAUUUCGGGCAGGAUGUAGCACACGAGUUGGUUCCUGGGGACUCAUUGGAGAUUUUCACCAUUGAAAAUGUCAAGGAAGGAUCUCAGUGGCUUUGGGCUCAUUGCCUAGCGUUAUACGUGAUUUCAUUCUCUACUUGCAUUCUCCUAUACUUUGAAUUCAAAUACAUCACGAAAAUGAGGUUGGCUUACAUUAGUUCAUCUGUUUCCAACCCAUCUUAUUUCACGGUUCUUGUUCGUGGUGUCCCAUGGUCUGAAGAAGAAGCAUACAGUGAGCUGGUGGCAAAAUUCUUUACAAGUUAUUAUUCAUCAAGCUAUUUAUCUCAUCAAAUCAUAUACCGGUCGGGUGUUGUUCAGAAACUGGUGACCGAUGCAGAAAAAUUUUAUAGGAUGCUAAAAUCAACCCCUCAAAGGCAUGGGAGAUUAUUGAGAUGCGGCAUCUGUGGUGGAACAUCAGCAUCUUUCAGGAUCCUUACUAGUGAUUCCUCCUCUGAAAGUGAUCAAGAAAGUAGUGAUUUUGUUUCGCAUUUUAGAGAUCAGGAAUGUGCAGCUGCUUUAGUUUUUUUCAGGACUCGGUAUGCUGCUUCGGUUGCUUCACAGGGCAUUAAAUCUCCAAAUCCAAUGUUAUGGGUUACAGAUCUUGCUCCAGAACCAAGAGAUAUGUAUUGGUCAAACAUUUACGUACCGUAUAGGCUUCUUUGGAUUCGUAAAAUUAUUAUUCUUGUGGCUUCCUUCUUCUUCGUGGCCUUCUUCCUUGUGCCAGUGUCUCUAACCCAAGGCCUUGUUCAUCUUGAUAAGCUGCAGCAUGCAUUUCCAUUUCUAAAAGGGUCGUUGAAGAGGAAGUUGGUCGUUCAACUUGUUACAGGAUAUCUACCAAGUGUCGUGUUAAUAUUGUUUUCUUACAUGGUUCCUCCGAUAAUGAUGUUGUUUUCUACGAUGGAAGGCUCAAUCUCACGUAGUGGCAGGAAGAAGAGUGCAUGCGUUAAGAUUUUGUACUUCAUGAUUUGGAAUGUUUUCUUCGCACAGACAAUUUCAGGGUCUGUAAUCGAUGGAUGGAGUGCUAUUGCUCAGCUGGGUAAAAAUCUGAGAGACUUACCUAACCUCCUUGCCACAGCAGUUCCAACUACGGCGACCUUCUUUAUAACUUAUGUUAUGACGUCGGGGUGGGCAAGUUUGUUCUGUGAACUGAUGCAACCAUUCGGAAUUCUCUGCAACCUUUUCUAUAGAUAUAUUCUCUCGAACAAGGAUGAGUCAACUUAUGGAACCAUGACAUUCCCAUAUCACACUGAAUUUCCUAGGAUCCUCCUCCUUGCGCUCCUCGGAUAUACCUGUUCUAUCCUCGCACCUCUAAUUUUGCUCCCGUUGCUGGUUUACUUUGCCCUUGCUUACAUUGUAUACCGCAAUCAGAUUCUCAACGUAUAUGCUACAAAGUACCAGACCGGGGGUCUUUAUUGGAUCAUUGUGCACAAGGCAACGAUCUUCUCAUUGGUGUUGACACAAAUCAUAGCUUUGGGAGUCUUCGGGCUCAAAAAAUCGACUGUGGCAUCGGGCUUCACGUUUCCUUUGAUAAUCUGCACACUCCUUUUCAACGAGUAUUGCAGGCAAAGGUUUCAUCCGGUAUUCAGAAACAACCCUGCACAGAUCCUUGUUGACAUGGAUAGGAAGGACGAACAGGAAGGGCGGAUGAAAGAGAUCUACCAUAAAGUGACAUCGGCUUAUUGUCAGUUCAGAAGAAGUAGUUCAGUCACUCUAGGUAACCCUCAUCCCUUGAAGGAACAAAACAGCAUGUUUCGAGAAGUAGAAGACGAUGGGAAUCCAGGGGCUUUUAAAGCUGACAUGCCGGGAUCAUGGAAUGGGCACACACACUUAGAGAUUGAAGAGUUGGGCAAGUAAGAGAAAGCUCAGAAAGUGCAUGCAUGGAAAGAGAAGAGGGAGAGAGAGACACAAAUUUAUUGUGAAAAUGUAACAGUACAUUGUUGUUCUCAAGAGCUGAUGAAGCCUGCAAAUAUAAACGGAAAGAGAUGAGAAGAAAACAUGUACAUUUGGAGCCCACUGCAUGUCUGUACAUAUAGUAAAGGUAAUCUGUAAUAUUCAUACAACAAUUUUGAUUUUUAAUACAAAAGGAAAAAGGGGAAUUCGGGCAAUCAAA